AUGGCUGAGCUGCACAAAUACCUGCCUGCUCCCUCGCCUCGCCGCCGCUACUACAACCGCAGCGAGGUGCAGCUCCACAACACUGCCAACGACCUGUGGGUCUCCUUCUUCGGGCGGGUCUACGACCUGACCGAGCUGGUCCAGCAGCACAUCCAUGAGGCCGAGGUCGUGCCCCUCAUCGAGGCCGCCGGCACUGACAUUUCGGGCUGGUUCGACUCCAAGACCAAGCAGCCCCGUACCUGCGUCAGCCCUGCUUCGGGGGCCUUGGCCUACUACACUCCGCAAGGCCGUUUCCUCCAUCUGCAGCGAACCCCUGCUGAGCAAGAUCCACUGUUCACACCAUGGUGGCUGAAGCACGAGCUGUCAGUGGGACUGCUGACCUAGAAGUCGCGGUGGGUGCGGAUCGUGAACGUGCUAACGGAGCAGGAGGCGUGCCUGGAGGUGCCAGAGGAGGAGCGGAUCGACGAGAUCCUGACGCGGUACGAGGCGAUAAACUCGCACGCGAAGAGCUACACAUGGAAGCGGCACGGACGGGAGCUGGACAUGGGGAAGACGCUGACGGAGAACGGGAUAAAGGACGAAGAGCGGGAGUACGAGGAGCUGGGGGUGCCGGAGGGCGAGCAGUACAUCCCGGCGAUCUACCUGUACUUCAACGACGACCUGACCACCGCCUGA